GAGUUAUUCCAUGUCAGAGCCUGCCGCGCGCCAUUUCUUGCUACCAGCUGAUGGAUCCGUUUUGUUUGCAAGUUUUUUGUCUUCUAAAAUUAGAAAAUCCCCAAAAUAAAAUUAUUGACAUUACGGGUGAAGUGUGAACUAUGUUAUAAGUUAUGGACCCAACGAAAUUUUAUGGUACUCUACAAUAUGCAGCUGAUAUAGAGUCCGAUGAGAGUGACGAUCCAGAUUUAUCUGGCGACGAUGCUGAAAGUGGUGUUGGAUAUGUGUUGCGUAAAUGCUUGGUUGUUGUGGAGACGCAGCAAUAAAGAAUUUGAUCUACCCCUUAAAGACUUCAAGCUGGCCAUCGCCGAUUCUUUAUGCAAUCUUAAUAGAGAACAUAAAAGAAGAGUAGGAAGACCUUCAGCAGAGCUUCAGACAUUAUAUGCCAUGAAAAAGAAACGUGGACCUACCAAAGAAAUUCCUCAACAAGAGGUACGUCUUGAUGGUAUGGACCAUUUACCAGAAUGGAGUGAACAACAAAGAUCAAGAUGCAAGUUUCCAUUGUGUCAAUCUAAAUCCUUUGUGUCUUGUACGAAAUGCAAAGUUUCCUUGUGUUUUAAUAAAGAGCGAAAUUGUUUUUUGAGGUUCCACACUGAAUAAAGGACAAUGUUGUUGCAUAAUGUUCCAUAUAUGUCACUUUCCAUUUUUUUCAAAAUAAAUA